CUCGAUUAAUAAAAUACUUCAAAUUUUACGUUACCUGUGCUAUUAUUUCCCCAAACAUUUCUGUAAAGCGAAUUCUAAGUCAGAGGCACCCAGGGUUCUGCAGAAGAUUUAGAAUUAGCAUGUCAUCGUCAUCCGAUAGGCAGACUUCAGUCGCUGCCGGCGAUCUGCAGGUUGUCACGGCGGCGGAGAGGCAUGUGAAGGUGCUCCCUCCUCGGCCCCCGGCUUCGACUUCUUCCAAUGCCCUAGUUGAGUAUACACCACCCCAACCUAACCCUGAAGAUGAGGACCUCGAGGUAAAACUACGCCGUAUUAUUGAAUGUGUGCCAGUUCGGGUCAACAACACCUCUGGUAGUUCCGCUGGUUCUGGCUCCGGUGACUUCCAUCAGUAUAGGCAGAUGAGACGGAAAGAACAAGAUCGGCUUGCCAGGAUGGAUGCUGAUUACCAGAAAAGGAAAGAAAUUACAGAAUUCAUUCGGAGAAGGGAAGAAAGAUUAAAAGCUGCAGAGGAGCGCACAGCAAAAAAGCGUUUGAAACGGCAGAAAAAGAAACAGAAGAAGCAAGAGAAGAAGUGCAAAUUGAAUGCUGUCGAAGAAGAGCAUAAGAAGGAACAAUCUUCCGAUGAAGAUGGAGACACGGAAAAUGAUGAAACUGAGAGAUGAUUUAUAUGUACCAUUAUGCUCAAGGGUAGCCUUGCUGUAUCAAUUGUUGUGACAAGUUUUUGACAACCGUUUUGCUGAAAAAAAUAGGUGCUCCACAAAAAAAAAAAUGAAUUGUUUCUUAACUUAAAAGAAAAAUUGUCUUCUGCAUUCAUUUGCACCAUCCCAUUGGUUAUAGGUGGAUCCACAAAAAAAAAAUGACUUGUUUCUUAACCUAAAAUGAAAAUUUGUCUUUUGUUUUCA